GGCCGAACGUGCCCGCGUAGCAGACGGUUCAACGUAAUUAACCUUUAAAAAUCCCAAAAAGCGGACGGGGUUAGUAAACACGGCAUACAUUCGGGUUUUUCAUGCGGCUAGUUUGCGCCAAGACAGAGGCGUCGAUUGUGUUUCGGGAGCUCAGAACAAAUAAUGUUUUAUACCAGACGAGCAGAACUAAAGAUUAAAUGUUAGUUGGCCUUAAGCGAGCUUCAGUUUGCAGACUACUGGUCAGCCAGUAGAAAGGGCCCUUUGUGAGCUGGAGGUGGUGACGUCAAAAGCGCUCUAUAAAGACAUAAAUUCAUAGCUAAUCUAGAACAACACAGCAGUGGGAGGAUGAGCCUUGGUGUCCUCCUCUGUUUCUUAACUUGCAUAACUAAUAAGCCUUAAGCUGUGGAUAAAUGAAGCAGUGCUAGCUACUUGCUCUCAGAGUCGCACGCGCUAGUUUGCCGACUGCAGCAGAGCAAGCUGCCAAGAUAAAGUGAUUAUAUACUUGUUUGUAUCUUAUUUUUUUUAUAUCAGCUAAUUAGCAAAUUACUUAUUUAAAAAAAAAAUGCUGGAGAUGCUUGAAUACAGCCACUAUCAGGUGCAGUCCCACCUGGACAGUCCCACCAAGUACCACAUCCAGCAGACUCAGCGGCAGCAGGUGAGGCAGUAUCUGUCCACCACCCUGAACGGUAAAGCUGGCAGCCAGUGCCCGAGCCAGCCCGCGGAGCACAGCAUGCCGCCCGGGCCGGGCAGCAGCGCACCCAACAGCCCCAUGGCCCUGCUCACGCUCAGCACCAACUGUGAGAAAGAGAUGGACGAUGUCAUUGAUGACAUUAUUAGCUUGGAGUCAAGUUACAAUGAAGAUGUUCUGGGAUUGAUGGACCCAGGACUCCAGAUGAACAACGCGCUCCCUGUGUCUGGUAAUUUACUGGAUGUGUACAACCAAGGACUUUCACUGCCUGGCCUCGGCAUCAGCAGCUCCUGUGCCCCCAACAUUAAAAGGGAAUUCACAGCUCCUGGCAUGAAGCAAGUGCUGGACAAGCCUGGAUCCUGUGGCCAGUAUGAAGGCUAUCAAAGGCCAGAGGGCUUUCCAGUAGAGGCAGAGGUCCGUGCUCUCGCUAAAGAGAGACAGAAGAAGGACAACCACAACUUGAUUGAGCGAAGACGGAGGUUUAACAUCAACGACCGCAUCAAAGAGCUGGGAACUUUAAUACCCAAGUCAAACGACCCAGACAUGCGCUGGAAUAAGGGCACCAUUCUGAAAGCCUCGGUGGACUACAUCAGGAAACUACAGCGGGAGCAGCAGAGGGCCAAGGAGCUGGAGAGCAGGCAGAGGAAGCUGGAGCACGCAAACCGCCACCUGAUGCUGCGUAUACAGGAGCUGGAGAUCCAGGCCCGUGCCCAUGGGCUCACCGUGGUGUCGUCCACAUCCAUCUGCGCGUCAGAGCUGAUGGCUCGGGCCAUCAAACAGGAGCCCGUCCUCGGCGACUGCCCCUCGGAUCUCUACCAGCGCGGCUCCGCCCCCGACAUGUCCCCCCCCACCACGCUGGACCUCAACAACGGCACCAUCACCUUCGACCAGAUCCCCGCGGACUCCGGGGAGCCCGGCCCUUACGGCAACUCCAGGACCUGUAAAAUGAAGGAGUUGGUAAGGGACAACAGCCUCGGGCCGAUCUCCCCCAGCGACCCCCUGCUCUCGUCCAUGUCCCCGGACGCCUCCAACAACGUCGGCAGCCACCACAGCUCCAGUAUGGAGGAGAAAGAACACGGCUGUUAGCCCCGGCGCCACGCGCCACACUGACACUUCUGUUUGUAGCAUUCCACCAGUGGGCCACCUCCACUCAAUGUUUCCACGUGACUGAGUGGAAAAAGGAACUAUUUUUUAUCUUGAUUGCAUUUUUUCUUACUUCCAUUCAUUGCAUAGCUCUAAGGUUCAACGUUUCAUGUGUUUCUGUGAACCAAGACACACACAGUGUUUACGUAGUCAGCUGAUACUGAUGCCGUUUAGCUGAACAGCUUUAAACUUUACAAACACGCACCGUGACUGAGAAAUGUGACUACGAUCUAUAGAUAAACUUUACAUCUACACAUUGAAAAACGUACUUUGUGUUGAAGUGUGCCCAGCAAAAGAGAUAAUGUGUUCAAACAUCUGAAGAAUGAUGGUAUUUGAAUGGAUAUUAGCAUCUCAGUGUAUUUAAAAGAUUUGUAUUCUGAAGAAAUCAAACAUCGACCAGAUUAAAAGUAUUAUUAUUGUUAUUAUUCUAUUAAAUACUAUAAUAUGA